UUUUUUUUUAAAUCAAAGUUAAAACUUCUUUCUGAGUCUUUCCAGGGCAGAUUUAGAAGUUCUCCUGAUGACAAAAGUCAGAUUUAAUCCCUGGUUGAGCUUUAACUGCACGCUGGUCCCUGAACGCAUCACUCGCAUCCUUCAGAAACCUGCGGAGCGCGCGCCUCUCCGCGCUCCGCUCCUCCGCUCCCAUUGGCCGGCCCCGGAGCCGGGAGGGGGCGGGGCCGAACCGGUGCCUGCGGUUUUAUAAACGCGUUGGAGAACCUCACUGCGAAGCACUUUAUCAGAACCGGUCCUCCGGAGACACGAGGGACGCGUCAGCCCGGGAUGAGUGAGGCGGCCCGGAUUAUAUUUCAGCUGGAAGAUCCGAUACGCAACAGGUAGAUCCACCUUUCACUCACCUGUUCAGGUUAAUUAUUUUAUCAUUAGAUUAAAGCAGCCGGUGAGGUUCUGAUCUGAGCCGAACUCCCCGCAGACUUCCGGACCCGUUUUWACGCACAAAACCCGCCAAAAGGCUCACCUCGUUUAGAUUUUCAGAAUAAAGUUCUGAUUGGAAAGUGACACCUGCUCACAUCAGCUCAGAUCAGACCUUAUAAGGGACUUAAAAAUUAAAAAUGUAGUUUUUUUUUAUUAGUUUGUUUUAAAUUUAGAUCCAGUUCAUUGAGUUUUAUUGUGGGAUCAUUUGAACACAACUCAGCAGGAAGUUGCAUCAGACAGCUGUAGGUGUGAAACAGUUUGAUGGUUCACUUCUCAUCUUUGACUCUUGUGUCUCAGAGAGGAGUUGGCUGAUUAAAACAUAAAAAAAAAAAAGACAGCAGGGAGCUCGAUUAGGACUUUGUUGCCAGGACAGCUCAAACUAAUGAGAGGUGCUUCAGGGGAGCUGGGAGAUGUGCAGCAGAGAGUCGGACCCCCUCCUGAGGGCUUCGAGUCAACAAACUGUGCAUCUGUGCUGCACAUCAGAGGACAGAUCAGAGACACUCGUCCGUCAACGUCCAUCAAAUAAAAACAUGCGUUCRCUUAUUUUGCGUUAAAGUUGUAAGAAAAUGUGUGAGUGUGGAUUAAAAMUUGGCAGCUCUGUGGAAAACCUGUUCCUGAAGGCGGCGAGUCGUAACUCGGGACCUGAGCUGAGGCGAGCAGGUCAGCGAGGAGCAGCCAAGAACAACAUGUUCUCUUCGUAAAAAGGCCAUUAACUGGAUUUAACCGUAAUUACUGCCUGACCUCUCUGUUCGCGUCGAAAUGUCGAAUCGGAGCGGCGUGUCUGCUGAGGCUGGUCCUGGUUCUCCUCAGGCUGCACACAUGCUGGAGCUGAUCAGCUCAGACCAUGAGGAUCGGACCCCUGAGGAAAGAGGAGUGACUCCCCCCCCACACGUCGCUUGUCGUGCUCCAUCUAGAGGCGUCCCUGCAGCCGCCUCAUCCCGUCACCAUUUCUUCCCGUAGUUGGACCCCGGAAGCGUUUCGAAACUGUUUCUCCAACGCUUUUUCCAAAAACUCAGACUGUUUUCUAAAGCAGAAGCAGCGCCGCCCUCCCCGGCUGAGGUGAUGGGAAGCGUGCGAGCCAGCCGCUAUAGCACCGUGUCAUCCGAGGAGGACAGCAUGAAGCUCGCCACCGCCGCCGCCGCGCCCAACGGCAAGGCCAAAGUGCACACGAGGCGCCAGCCGCACAGCCGCUUCGUGAAGAAGGACGGCCACUGCAACGUGCAGUURGUCAACGUGAGCGAGAAGGGCCAGCGCUACCUGGCCGACAUCUUCACCACGUGCGUGGACAUCCGCUGGAGGUGGAUGUUCGUCGUCUUCUGCCUGGCCUUCCUCCUGUCCUGGCUCUUCUUCGGCUGCGUCUUCUGGCUGGUGGCCGUCUUCCACGGGGACCUGGACGGCCACGCCCAGAAGUGCAUCUCCAACGUGGGCAGCUUCACCGCCGCCUUCCUGUUCUCCAUCGAGACGCAGACGACCAUCGGCUACGGCUACCGAUACGUGACGGACGAGUGCCCCGCCGCCGUCUUCGUGGUGGUCUUCCAGAGCAUCGUGGGCUGCAUCAUCGACGCCUUCAUCAUCGGCGCGGUCAUGGCCAAGAUGGCGAAGCCGAAGAAGAGAAACGAGACUCUGGUGUUCAGCCACAACGCCACGGUGGCCAUGCGGGACAACAAGCUCUGCCUGAUGUGGCGCGUGGGCAACCUGAGGAAGAGCCACCUGGUGGAGGCGCACGUUCGGGCUCAGCUCCUCCGGUCCAGGGUGACGGAGGAGGGCGAGUUCAUCCCCCUCGACCAAACGGACAUCGACGUGGGCUUCGACAGCGGGGUGGACCGCAUCUUCCUGGUCACGCCCAUCACCAUCGUCCACGAGAUCAACCAGGACAGCCCCUUCUUCGACAUGGACAAGCAGGACCUGGAGGGCGCCGAGUUCGAGAUCGUGGUCAUCCUGGAGGGCAUGGUGGAGGCCACGGCCAUGACCACGCAGUGCCGCAGCUCCUACGUGGCCAGCGAGAUCCUCUGGGGCCACCGAUUCGACCCGGUGCUCACCGCCGAGAAGAACUGCUACAAAGUGGACUACUCCCGCUUCCACAAGACGUACGAGGUGCCGAGCACCCCGCUGUGCAGCGCCAGGGACCUCGCRGAGAAGAAGUGCCUCCUCUCCAACUCCAACUCCUUCUGCUACGAGAACGAGAUGGCGCUGGAGAAGAAGGAGGACACGGACGAGGGGAACGGGGGCAGCGUCGGGCCCGACGGCACCCAGAUGGACAACAUCUCGGAGCCCGAACACCAUCAGGCCAUGGUGCCGCUGGACGCUCGGGCCAUGAGGCGGGAAUCUGAAAUAUGACCGCGGGACAAGCCGGAAACAGACUCUGUGCUCUGAAAGGCCCAACGAGCCGGGCCUGGAGGAGGAACYGUACUGCUGCGAGAAGCGUCGGGACUUUCUGCGUCUUAACUCCGACGGCGCACAGCGUGACUCGGCUCAGCACAGACCCUCCACCGACUCUCCACCAGUCCGGCGUCCGCCAAGAGGAGGCGGUCCGCCGCCGCCGCAACCGGCUCCGGCCGCUCCGUCUGACCAGAGCAAGACGUUUUCUGUAGAUCCUCUUCGUUUAGUGCUGCUAGAAAACAGAAGUUAAACACUUGAGCUUCUCUCUGUCUGACGCUUUUUUUUCACACYGAACCAAAAAAAA